AAAUAUACAAUAUUGCCGAGAGAAGAAAUUACACACCAAACUAUGCUUCUAAUGACUAUCACAAGGGUUUUUUUAAUACCGACAUUCCAAUAAUAAUUGAUAAUGGUUCAUAUCAAUGUCGUGUUGGUUGGGCAACUGAUGAUUCACCUAGAUUACAAUUUGAUAACCUAGUAUCAAAAUUUAGGGAUCGUAAAAUCAAUAAAAGUGUUUUGUUUGUGGGAAAUGAUGUUUAUACAGAUGCAACAGCAAAGGCUAGUGCAAAGUCACCAUUUGAUGGAAAUGUAGUUUAUAAUUUUGAGACAAUGGAGUAUAUUUUAGAUUAUAUUUUCGUUAAAUUGGGUAUUGAUACUGAUCAAGUAUAUAAUCCCAUUUUGAUGACAGAACCUGUUUGUAAUCCAAAUUAUUCAAGAAAAAUGAUGAAUGAGUUAUUAUUUGAAUGUUAUCGAAUACCAUCAGUUUGCUAUGGAAUUGAUGCACUAUUUAGUUUUCAUGCCAAUGGGUUGUCAUUUGAUGAGGGUGGUGUGGUAAUUUCUUCUGGUCAUACUUCUACACAUGUUAUACCUAUCAUUGGUGGCCAUGCUGUUUCUGAACAUAUUAAAAGGAUAUCUUAUGGUGUUGCACAAGAUUAUUUUCAAGAAUUGAAUGAAUACACAGACCCAAAAUCAUUUGCUGAAAAAGAUCAAGUCAUUCAAUUUCCUUAUGUCCCUCCUUCAAAUGAAAAAACAGAAGAAGAAUUGACUAGAGCUGAAGAAAGAAAACAGGAACAAGCACGUCGUUUAAAAGAACAAGCAACAAAACUACGUAUGCAAAAAUUAAAAGAUUUAGAGGAUACAUUAGAUUUUUAUUUAUCAUUAAGAAAAAAUAGAAUGAGUGAUGAGACAGAAUUGGAUGAUAUUAUUCAAAAAACUGAGAAGGCAGUUCAAAGAGCAAGAAAUAAGUUACUUGGAAUUGAUGAAGUUGAAAUUAAGGAAGAACCCACUUUCCAACUAGUUGAUAUACCAGAUGAUCAAUUAAAUGAAGUGGAAAGAAAAGAAAAAAAGAAACAACUUGCUGCAAAAAGCCUUUAUGAAUCUCGUCAAAGACAACGAGAAGCUAAAGAAUUGGCUAAAAAGCAACAAGAAGCAGAAGAACGUAUGGAGGAGGAUAGAAGACAAAAAGAUUUUGAUGGAUGGUUAGAAGAAGUAAAAAAAAAUUAUGAGAAACAAUUAGAAAAGGUUAAAACAUUAAAACGUAAAAAAGAGCAACUUUCAGAUCGUAGGAGUCAUGCUUCACAAUUAAGAAUGAAAUCAAUUGCUAAUUUGGCAAGUGAUGCUCCACAACAAAAAAAGAAACGUAGAGGUCAAGAUGGUAAAAUUAGAGAAGAUGAUGCAUGGGAAGAGGAGGAGGAACUUACACAAUUACGAGAAUAUGAAACCAAACUUCUUCAAUAUGACAAAACUUUCUCACAAGAAAAUACCUAUGAUGUGAAAAAUUCUAACCAAAAAUCAUUGAUUUUCAUGUUUACCCAUGGUGUUUCACCACCUUAUGACCCAGAAGAUUUUGCUCAAAUGCAUCAAUUACAUCUUAACAUUGAACAGAUCAGAGUACCAGAAGCAUUAUUUCAACCUAGUAUUUUGGGACUUGAUCAAGCUGGAUUGGUUGAAACUGUUGGUGAUAUUUCAGUAUUUGUCACUGGAGGACACACACAAACACCUGGUUUAAUAACUCGUCUUGAAUAUUCACUUCAAUCAAUCUUACCAACCACAACCAAUUCAUCAGUACAACCAUUGCUUAAAAUCAUUCAUGCUCAAAAUCCUGUUCUUGAUGCUUGGCAUGGUGCUGCUCUAUGGGCAAGAUCUGAGGAAUUUAAAAAUUUUGUUGUGACAGAAAAAGAAUAUUUGGAGUGUGGUGGUGAAUAUAUAAAAGAACAUCGUUUUGGUAAUAUUUAUAAUAGAACUUGA